UUAGUGUUUUUAAGCUAUUUGAGAGACUACGGCGACUGCCUACAAGAGCAUCUUAUGCUCCCUUGCUAUCCAAAAUUGACAAGAUAAACUGCCCAGCUGUCAUUGGUUCUCCUUCACAACGUCAGGUGUCUUUGGCACAUUCCGACCAAUGAGCGUCAUGGAAAGCAUACCAUCCUCGCCUUUUUAAUAAAGAGGAGAGGAAGACAGGACUGUAAGGGCUGUGACGUCACAGUAGGAAGUCAUUGUCAAGCCAAAGUAGGACCAUUACAGGCAAAAAGAUCGUGGUGCUCAGGAGCUUCUCUUGUGUCUGUCUUUGCGCAACACAACUUUUCAUAACAAAGUUCAAAUAAGUGGAAACGAGGAAUUGGAGUACAGCCGUACAGACACCACCUUUUACUGUUUUUGAACAAAGGUUAAAGACCCGAGUCCAACACUAAAUAUUAAGUCACAUCAACUUUCUUUGGGAACCGAAGGUUGUGUUCAGCAUUUGAAAUAGUGAGUAGUUCUCCGACUAAGUCUUUGUUGCUGGUGCAUUUAGAAAAAAGAACUGCUGGAUACCUGAAGCAGUCUGCUGCUUCUUCAUUCUAUUGCAUGUUAUUCAUAUUUAUUUUAAAUAUAAUCUUUCCUUUUUUAAAUACAAAUAUUCUUCAAGAAAUGAUAUGAAUGCGAACUUGUAAAAGUCUACACUAUGGAAGGAUCCAGCGGGUCGAGCUUUGGGAUCGACACUAUUUUGUCUAGUACUACUUCGGGUAGCCCCGUUCUUAUGAAUGGAGACUUUCGACACGACAGCAACCGGACAACGGAUUUUAGAAACCAGGCCACACCGUCCCCGUGUUCGGAGAUCGAUACUGUGGGCACAGCUCCCUCUUCGCCAAUCUCUAUCACCAUGGAACAUUCAGAGACACAUUUGGUCCAGGACGCCAUACCGCCUUCUCAUCAUCACCUCCAUCACAGUCAACAGCAGCAGAGUUUGCAAUCUUCCCCUCCUUUGCCAUCGCAACAAUUGGGAUCUGCCAGCUCAGCUCCCAGGACUGCUACUUCUUCAUUCUUGAUCAAAGACAUUUUAGGUGACAGCAAACCGUUGGCAGCCUGUGCUCCAUACAGCACAACCGUUUCCUCUCCACAUGUCACCCCCAAACAAGACACCCACAGCCCAGUCAACGAUAGUUUCAGGCCAAAACUGGAGCCAGAGGAUAAUACUAAGAGCAAGAUGGAAAGGAGGGAUGACACACCGAGCGAACUCAAAUGCAAUGGAACAAAGGAAGAAGGUGACCGAGAAAUUUCUAGCAGUCGGGAAAGUCCGCCAGUUCGAGCAAAAAAGCCUCGUAAAGCGAGAACUGCUUUUUCUGAUCAUCAACUAAAUCAGCUGGAGAGGAGUUUCGAAAGACAGAAAUACCUGAGUGUGCAAGAUCGCAUGGAUUUGGCUGCAGCCUUGAAUCUAACAGACACGCAAGUUAAAACCUGGUACCAGAACAGGAGAACCAAGUGGAAGCGCCAGACUGCGGUGGGGCUCGAACUGCUGGCUGAGGCCGGUAACUACUCUGCUCUACAGAGGAUGUUCCCUUCACCUUAUUUCUACCAUCCAAGUCUAUUGGGCAGCAUGGAGAGCACAACAGCAGCUGCGGCUGCAGCAGCGGCAGCUAUGUACAGCAGUAUGUAUCGGACUCCACCGGCCCCGCAUCCUGCAAUUCCGAGCAGGUCAUUAGUGCCACGGGUACUCAUCCAUGGGCUUGGCCCAGGGGGGCAGCCCGCCCUCAACCCCUUAGCUAACUCUCUCCCAGGUACUCCUCAUCCUCGAUGAAGAAACUAGUGUUGAACUUUCAGCUUGAAACCCAGGGACAGCUCUUAACCCUCAAACCAACAAACAUAAUAUAGGGGAAACUGCAAGGAAAGGAACCCCAGGGCAAGUGAGACACGGGAGAGCAAAGAAGAAACAGACUUAAAUACAAUAUGCGCCAUCCGGGCCUGGAACUUGUACCUGAACUUUACUGGGAUGCAUUAAAUCUACAGAGAAGGAACUCAAGGGUAACUGAGCUCUUUGCACUGAUUUCGCAAGACAUUUUGUUUAGGAAAAGCGGCAUGCGCCAUAAUAUAAAAUGUAUAUUUGAAAGACUGAGAUAUUUAUUAUAUGUGUUAAAAUCCGCUUAUAUACAUUAGCAAAACUGGUUUUCCCCAUAUUUGUCUUUUCAACUCGGAAAAUAAAUACUUAGAUGAAAUGAACUGUUAGAUUUUUUGUGAUUGGUUGGCAUCGGUUAGACUGAGGUCUCCCAAUGACAUUUUUCUAAAAUUCUAUAAAAUAAAAUACUUUAUUUUUCUUUACAAAAGAUCCAACAGCACUAAUUUGCAAAUCUAUGGGUAGUGCAAGUAUUGGCAAACAGUGAUUGUAGGUGUAUAUAUUGAUAUCUAUAUAAAUACGUAUAUGUAUUGCUGAGAAAUAUGUACAUUUAUUUUAACAAAAACAUUUGUUCAUUUGUUUUAUAAUACAUUUUCACAUUGAUUGAUGUAAUAUAAUGAUAGCAUUUUUUUUUACAAAACUAUGAAAAUAAAUAUACAAUACGGGCCUAGAA